GAGAAGGACAAUGGUGACAAAAAGCAAAAGCCAAAAUUCCCAGCAGGAUUUCUUUCGGAUGCAGCUGCACAGCCCCCAGCCGAAGCAAAAAAUCACCUUGAUCCGUGGCGAACGUGCGAGAAAACCUCGAUGGAUUAAAGCAUCCGCUCUGCAAAUGGAGAUGUGGGGGGAGCCGGGGGUGGCACGUGCCCCAUAGGGAGAUCCACCCCCCAACCCCGUGGAGCUGUGGGGCUGUUAAUGAUCUGCAGGAUGACGUGGGGACUAAAGGGCUUUCCAAGGGUCACUGCUGGGAAGCGCCCGGCCCGGCGGAGCACUGGGGCAAAAUGGUGACUCUGAGCGACUUCCAACGUGAGUGGGCACUGGGCUGGGGUGCUCGCUGGGUGCACAGCGGGUGCUGACCCCUCAGUGGGGCUGGGGGAGGGUGGGGAAGGGGGAGGGAUGACAGCGAACCCCGUGGUGCUGGUGCUGGGGGCACAGGUUGGGUGUGUUCCAUAGGGGGAGCGGCACCGUGGGGUGGGGGCUGUGGGAGGAAGGCAAUCAGGGAGGUGCCCGGCCCCUUGCCCCCAGCAGAGCAUCUCCUCCACCCUCCGUGCAGCCACUCAGGGUAGUGUCGGGGUGGCCUUCCUCUUUAGCUUACCCCGUGAUUGAUUCUGCAUCCCGCAGCCUCCCUGGGUUUAUAGGGUUUACGGCCUUCCCAUGGCGCUGGCUCGUGGAGAGAAACCACAAGGGCAUCUCUGGGAGGGAAUGGGAUGGGGUGGCCCUGAGAAGAGUGAGGGGAGCAGAGCAGUGAGCCCAAAGCCUCGUCUCAGCCCAUCGUCCACAGGGAUCGGUGUGGGGCUGGUCGGCUUCGGCAUCUUCUUCAUCCUCUUUGGGAUGCUCUUGUACUUCGACUCGGUGCUCCUGGCCUUUGGGAACAUCCUCUUUCUCUCCGGUUUGGUCUUCAUCAUCGGCUUCAGGAGGACCUUCACCUUCUUCUUCCAAAGGCAAAAGAUGAAGGGCACCAGCUUCUUCCUUGGGGGGGUCCUCAUCGUCCUCAUGCGGUGGCCGCUCUUGGGGAUGCUGCUGGAGGCUUACGGCUUCAUCACCCUCUUCAGGAGUUUUUUCCCCGUGGCUUUUGGUUUUUUGGGCUCGCUGGUGAAUAUCCCCUUUCUGAGCAAGCUCUUGGAGAAACUGGGUGACAGCAGCUCCAUAGUGUGACCACGGGAUGGGUCACGUCACAGAUGGGACAGCACGAAUGAUCCCUCGGUCCCUCGGUCGGAGAUGGCUGUGCUGCAGGGACGGUGCCUCGCAGGC